UCCAUUUAAGCUCAAAUACUUUGCUGCCUCCUCUGCAGCUGCCAGACCCGCUCCAGCUACUGCUCAGGGAAAGACUGACAAGAUGAUGAGCUCAAGCUAUUGGAAUGAAACCAGCAGUAGCUGUGGGACCCAACAGCCCUCUGAGGUGCUACAGUACCAGCCCCAGCAUUACCAUUGCCAGCAUCAGUCAAGCCAAGUCCAACAGCCUCUAGAAAAAAAUGUAGUCUAUGAACGAGUGAGGACCUACAGUGGGCCCAUGAACAAGGUAGUUCAAGCCUUGGACCCCAUCGGUUCUCGGGAAGUGCUCUCCCCUCUCAAAACUGCCUCCUCCUACCAAAACUUGGUUUGGAGCAACCAUUCCCAGGAACUCCAUUCUCCAACUCUGAAAAUAUCAACUUGUGCCCCAAGCAAUUUACAUAUAACGCAAAACACUGAACAGGAACUCCAUUCUCCAACAGUGAAAGUCAUUACAUAUCCACAAACCAAUAUUAGGAGAUACAUAGUACAAAAUCCUGAGCAGGAACCACUGUCUCCAUUCAUGAGAGGAAACCAUUUCUUCCCUGGAAACAAUGUUAUUUAUGAAAAGACAAUAAGAAAAGUGGAAAAGCUAAACACAGAUCAAGAAUGCUAUCCUCAGGUUCAAUGUCUUCAUCACAUUGUCCAACAGCCCCCAGUCACCCACUGUCCACAUUGUCAACAAUUCCAUUCCAGCCAACAAAUCAAAAGCAUUACAGAAAAUGAUUCAACUUCUAUAAACAUUGGAAAUGAACUUUGCCAUGGUGGGUCAAGCCAGAUACAUGAGCAGGUUAUAAUGCAGGAUGAUGGCCCUGAGAAAUUGGACCCCAAGUAUUUUGGAGAGUUGCUUGCUGACCUAUGUCGUAAGAAUACUGAUCUAUAUAACUGCUUAUUAGAACAUCUGCAGAGAAUUGGAGGAAGCAAACAAGACUUUGAGUCUACUGAUACAUCAGAAGACAUUGAGUCAUUGAUUCCUAAAGGAUUGUCAGAAUUUACAAAACAGCAAAUUCGCUAUAUUCUACAGAUGAGGGAUAUGUCUGAUAAAUCACUCCGGCUAAUACUAUCCACAUUCAGUAACAUAAGGGAGGAGCUUGGACAUCUUCAAAAUGACUUGACAUCACUGGAAAAUGACAAGAUAAGACUUGAGAAGGACUUGGCAUUCAAAGAAUCUCAAAUAAAAGGGUAUGAAGAACUCUUGGCAUCAGUGCGAGCAAAUAAUCGCCAGCAGCAACAAGGACUUCAAGACUCAGGCUCAAAAUGCCAGGCAUUAGAAGAAAAUAAUCUUUCUCUUCGACAUACACUAUCAGAUAUGGAGUACAGAUUAAAAGAACUGGAGUAUUGUAAAUGUAAUUUAGAACAAGAGAAUAAAAAUCUUAGAUUACAGGUUUCUGAGACUUGCACAGGCCCAAUGUUGCAGGUUAAAAUGGAUGAAAUUGGCAACCAUUACACAGAGAUGGUAAAAAACUUGAGACUAGAGAAAGACAGAGAGAUCUGCAAGCUAAGGUCCCAAUUAAACCAGUACCAAAAAGAUGUUUCAAGAAGAGAAGGAAGCUGUAAUGACUUUCAGUUCAAGCUUCAUGAACUGACAAGCUUGCUGGAAGAGAAGGAUUCCCUCAUAAAGCGUCAGUCAGAGGAACUCUCAAAGUUGAGACAAGAAAUAUACUCAUCUCAUAACCAACCCUCCAGUGGUGGAAGGACUACUAUUACCACUAAAAAGUACAGGACACAGUAUCCAAUCCUAGGCCUCCUGUAUGAUGACUAUGAAUAUAUACCACCAGGUACUGACACACAGACAAUUGUGAUUGAGAAAACAGAAGACAAAUGGACUUGUCCAUGAAUGAAUCCACUUUAAACUAUUACAACUCAAAGAAGGCUAUGUGUGCAGUUUAUAUUUUGUUCUUUUUCUGUUGAUAAAUCCCAGUCAAAUUUUUGAACCGUAUUACUACUGAAUGAAUCAAAUGGAAUGACCUAAUUCUCAGAUGAGUUUUCCAGCUAUUUAUUAGAUUCAAAUCUUUUCUAUAACAUUUAUGUAUUCAGUAUACAUACAAACCAAACGAGAAAACCUGCUUGCUUGAACUUUGAUUGCAGAAAAUGUAGAACAUAACCUACAAUUUUUCAGACAGGGUGCUUUCUAGAUUGCCUACUAAGUUGUAGGGGUAGAGAUUUUAUGUUAUUCAAUGGGAGAUUUUCUCUGAUGCUAGAUGUGCAAUUCUGCCAUAAGAAUUAAUUAUGUUUUUAACAAAAAGGGGCAAAAAGAAAUUGAAAAAAUUCAAAAAAUAGUUUAGUGCAUGAUACAUACAGUCUAAAUUUGCUUUUCUCAUAUUAAGCCUGUGACAAAAGGGCGGCUUUAUUGCAUGUUAUUUACAACUCUUGGAAACAUAACUAUAUCAAAGGUGAUAGUUAAUUUCAUUUAGCAGGGAAGUGGGAUAUCUUUUUAAAUAACUAAAUCCACUAAAUUGUACAUUAUGCUACUUGGUUCUGUCUUGGUAAGUGCCUUGGCAAAUCUGUCCCUUUGAAGCAUACUUGCCCCCAAAUUAGCCCACUCAUUCCUUAAAAGCAUAUAACACUAUAUUGUAGCAGUGGGCAAAAAUAAAGCAGACUUUUUCAUAGUGCUAUACAAACAUAACACUGAAAUACUAUACAGAUAUAAAGACUUAGGGAAUAAAUAUAGCAACAACACAUAUUUGAUACGUGUAUCCUACUUGGAACAUAUUUUAUAGUAUUUAAUGUACUCAGAAAUUUACCAAGUGGGCUUUAAUAAUCAUAAAAACUGAAAAGAAGUAGUUUUAAAAAUGCAUUUACAAGAAUACAUUUUUUAAAAAAGUCUGCCUGUAGCAGUUAAGAGGUCAGCACUUUCCUGACCUACUUGAUCUAUGGAUAGGGAAUAGAGGCUUAUGAAAAGGUCCUUGUCAUUCUGAACAUUUUUUAACACUCAUAAAAUUUAGCAGUAGAGAGAACUGUAUUUUUAAAAUACAUAUUUUGCUUCUGAUUUGUGAUUGAGAUCAAUAGAAAAAGCAGUGAUGUCUUUUCCUCUCACCAGUUUAAGGGCGCUUAUGUAUAAAAACUGCAAAUAUAUCAGUUGAGGAAAGUUUGUUUAUCUAAUUUCUAUUUUAGUGUUUUUACUUUAGAGGUCAAAUAAAAUGGAGACUAUAAUGACAUGCAAAAUAAUUUAUAUGUCUAAAUAUGUUAAAUAUUUGCACUGUUUUUGUGGAAGUUGAAGCAAGAAAUGUACAUUUGGAUUUUUAGCUUAGCUCUCUAUCAUGUAUUUGGAACUAACAAGCACCACUCUAAUAAAAUAACCAAACACUAUAAGGACUUCCUGAUGUAAACUAUCACAGAUGGCACUUUAAAAUAGUUUGACCUCCAGUUGACUCAGGUUUCUGCUUUAAAUUAGAAUUUCUUUCUAUGUUCCGUAACUCACUUGUUUCAGACCUAAAAUUCUAUAAUGCAUUCUUCCCAUCUCUAUAAUAAUGCUCUGUUACUUUCUCUUAACAUAGACAGUACAACAGGAACAAAAUAAAUCUUUAAACAAUUGUAUCUCUAGGGCUGGGGAUUUAGGUCGGUGGCACCAUGCCUGCCUUGAAAACGCAAGGUCCUGAGUUCAAUCCCCGGUACAAAAAAAAAUUAUAUCUCUAUGCCCAAUUUAGAUCACUUUAAUAAAAACCCAUCAUAUCUCUUCCAUUAUUGCAGUCUAUAAAGAUGUUUCUUUUGAAAGUAAAUGUUGUGAAAAUAUUUCCUCAAAUGGUAUAUCUUCCCCAUCACUUGAAAUUAUUAAACUUACUGUUUUUCCAUAGUACUUUUUGUGCAAUUAAAAACUACAAAGUAUUUCAUAUUCACCCUAGGAUAAAUAGUAAAUAGAAAAUAUUCACAUACAGAACACAAUGAACACAUCUUUCUUAAUAAAAUCUUUAAAGAUAUUUAUUCCAGAACAAGAUAUACUUUUUUUACUUUAGUCUGCAAAGGAAUAGUGGAAUUGUUAUUUUAUAUAAUUACAUGAUAACCAAUAUCAAUUUUAUGAUAGUUUUGGGAAUCUUGGAUUCAUCUCUUGUCAACAAUAAGAUGCUAAGUCCAUGGUCUUGAACUUGUAUUCUCAUCCUACCACACUAAAAUAAUAGUUUUGUUACUGAAGCAGAUUUUCCUGAAAUCCUUUAAGGGCAGCUUUUGCAAUUUUUUUCUUUGAUUCUACAGGCUGCUUACUAACACAAUCAGUGCUGAAUACUCCUAGUUCAUAUGUGCCAAGAUCCAACAAAGCAGAGUAGUUUUUUUAAAUGGGAGACUAUAUAGGCUUUUUGAUAGUUUACUAAAGAGGUCUAAUGGCAGUCAUGCUGUAAUUGAAAAGUGUUAGAAUCUAGCAGUGAUGGUGAACCUUUUAGUGCUUUCAGUGAAAGAAACAGCCCACUGUGGUAUGCAUGCCACAGCUUUGCCAUCACUCAUCUAGGAUAACAGCAUUUUGGAACCAGGUGAGAUUAGGACUUACUUUAGAGGUUAAAUGGGAUAAUGUCAAUAUUGUCAAUUGGUUCAGAUUUUAAAAUGGAGCAGGAUUCUCUUUGGAGUUACUUGGGCGAUGUUCAAGGAAAAAGACACAAUAGCAUUUGGAAGAGGCACAUGAACCAUUUUUAGUGUAGAAUAUAGUGCUAGAUAGAACCUUUAACCCACUGCCCAUAACAAUAUUCUUAAAUAUUUUUCUUUCCAUCAUGCCUUAAGCCAUUUAGAAGUGACAAGUGGACAAAACCAUCUGCACAUAGUGGCCCUGAAUUGUUCUGGAAAAAUGAUUCUCUAUUUCAAUCUAUUCUUUCUUGUGAAGGCACUUUGAAUUGCAAUUCUACAUUUUUAAAUGGAAGCUGUUAUGCAUACAGGGAAGUUUGGGCCAGUAAAAUUAUAUUUUUAGGGCAAUAUUUCAUUUGUAACUUGGGCUGAAUUCAUGUUUUACCUGAGCUGAAGUUUUCUAGGCCUAACUUGUAAGAAAAUCUAUCCACUUUUAUCCAGCUCCACUGUAACCAUGAAUAACAGGAAUGACUUAAUGGAACUCUGCAUCCUUCAGAAAUUCUGUGAUGGAUUCCUCAUGUAGCCUCCAGAGUCAUCUUCAAAAUGUACAUAGCAAUAUAUUACUCCUUUCCCAAAACUCCCAAAUGGUUUUGCACUUUAAACUUAUCACAGGUCUUUUCAGUCCCUUGAAUUUACAGUUAUCCAGCCAAAGCUUGCUCCUUCUCAGUUAUUUGUAUUUAUAGAUUUCUCUGCCUUGCUCUUCCACAAGAUCUUUAUGUAACUAGUUCCUUCUCGCCACUUACGUCUAAGCAUACAUGUCCUCAGUAAAGAUUACCUCUAUCUACUCACCCAUAGAUAUGUUUAAGCAGAAACACUAAAGUGUGCCAGAAUUGCAUUGGAUGCUUUGCUCUAACAUAACUCAUAUGGUAGGAACACAUAGAAGCUUGCUAGAAAUGUAAAAUUAUAGGCCCCACAAUUGAAUUAGUAUAUGUGCUGCCGAAGCGAGCACUCCCACAAUUGAAUUAGAAUUUGCACGUUAUGAAGAUUCCCAGGUAAACUCCAACUGAGAAACACUGGUCUUAACAUAUAAAUCUAAAUCUUGUUCUGUUAAUGAUUCUUUUUAAAGAAUAAUAAUCUAAUUCACAGAUUUUAACUAGUAAUUCUAUAUGUCUAGGUAUAUGAAUACUAUUAAAUGCUGAUUAUUUAGAACACA